AUGAGUUUCGAGUAUCCCAAAUUGAGUUUCGAUUAUCCCACAUUGAGUUUCGAGUAUCCCAAAAUGAGUUUCGAUUAUCCCAAAACGAGUUUCGAGUAUCGCAAAUUGAGUUUCGAGUAUCCGAAAUUCAGUUUCGAGAAUCACAAAAUGAGUUUCGAGCAUCCCAAAUUGAGUUCCGAGUAUCCCAAAAUGAGUUUCGAGUAUCCCAAAUUGAGUUUCGAGUAUCCCAAAUUGAGUUUCGAGUAUCCCAAAUUGAGUUUCGAGUACUUAUCCCAAAUUGAGUUUCGAGUAUCCCAAAGUGAAUUUCGAGUAUCCCAAAUUGAGUUUCGAGUAUCCCAAAAUAAAUUUCGAGUAUCCCAAAAUGAGUUUCGAGUAUGCCAAAUUGAGUUUCGAGUAUCCCAAAUUGAGUUUCGAUUAUACCAAAUUGAGUUUGGAGUAUCCCAAAUUGAGUUUCGAGUAUCCCAAAUUGAGUUUCGAGUAUCCAAAAUUGAGUUUCGAGUAUCCCAAAUUGAGUUUCGAGUAUCCCAAAUUGAGUUUCGAGUAUCCCAAAUUGAGUUUCGAGUAUCCCAAAUUGAGUUUCGAGUAUCCCAAAAUGACUUUCGUGUAUCCAAAAAUGAGUUUCGAGUAUCCCAAAUUGAGUUUCGAGUAUCCCAAAAUGAGUUUCGAGUAUACCAAAUUAAGUUUCGAGUAUCCCAAAUUGAGUUCCGAGUUACCAAAUUGAUUUUCGAGUAUCCCAAAAUGAGUUUCGAGUAUCUCAAAUUGAGUUUCGAGUAUCCCAAAUUGAGUUUCGAUUAUACCAAAUUGAGUUUCGAGUAUCCCAAAAUGAGUUUCGAGUAUCCCAAAUUGAGUUUCGAGUAUCCCAAAUUGAGUUUCGAGUAUCCCAAAAUGAGUUUCGUGUAUCCAAAAAUGAGUUUCGAGUAUCCCAAAUUGAGUUUCGAGUAUCCCAAAUUGAGUUUCGAGUAUCCCAAAAUGAGUUUCGAGUAUCCCAAAUUGAGUUUCGAGUAUCCCAAAAUGAGUUUCGAGUAUCCCAAAAUGAGUUUCGAGUAUCCCAAAAUGAAAAAUCCGGAUUUUCCAGAGUUUUAUAAAUCCGGUUUUUAA